AUGAGUACAAAUACAUUAACUACUACUAACGGUAAUGAUUCCGUAAACGGGGAAAACACUCAAACUGUUCCUGCGUUGAAAAUACCUGAUUCUCAAAGUAAUGAAGAGGAAUCAGUAAAACAAAAAAAAGACGAAAAAGUCGCUCAAAACGGUUUACAUAUCCAGGUACCUCAAAGUACCUCUCCUCAACUUGUUUCCUCACCCAUUGAUAUAGCAGAAACCAAAACUCCUGAAUCUGAGGUUUCACCAACUUCGACUUCGCCUCCUCCAAACCCAACUACUCCAACAAAUAAAGGCGAUAUGUUUAAGAAUGUUAGCAAAAUAAUUGGAAGUAUGAUUGGUAGACAUGAUUCCUCUGCAAAUGCUAGCGUUCAAAAUACCACUUCAGAACAGAAAGAUGCUGCUACUUCAGACUCUACUGUUCAAAUUAAGCAAGAGGAAACCAAGAAUAAUGUCGCUGAUAAGGUGGAUAACGUUACAUCCGCUACGCCCGCUUCACCAGAAUCUAUCGAAAGUUCCAAUAAUAAUGAUGAUAAAACUGCGGAUGCUGCGAGAUCCGCAGAAAACAACAGUGAAGGUCAAGGGAUUGAAAAACAAGAUACACCCGAAGCUGCCGUCAACAAAAGAAUGAAUUCCAUUAUUAAUGUUAAAAUGUUUAUUAAACGUACACCAACUGUCCUUGUUGAAAAACUUAAAGAAAAAUUCGAUGAACUUGAUAAACGUAUUUAUCCUCCGGAAGAUGAGGAAGAACUUAGUAGAGGUGCAAGCAUUGGAGUUGAUGAGACUAUUAUUAGCGAACGGGAGCAAUUAUUAGAAAAUGGAGAUGACAUUCCACCACCACCACCUCCAAAAGACUAUGUAACCACAAAUGGUGUUUCACAAACGAAGGAUGUCUUGGCUGAAGUUGGAGAAGCUCUGAAUGAGCGUCAAGAAAAACUUGAAAACAUAUCUGACAAAACCGAGUCGUUAAGAAAUAAUGCUUCUAGUUUUGCUGAAAUGGCUAAGCAAUUGAGUAAACGACAGGAACAAAAGAAUAAAUCUUGGAAAUUUUGGGCAUAA